GACCACACCAUUGAUUUGAAACCCAUAUUCAAGCCUCAAGUACCUAGAAUUUACGCCUUGAGCCCUGAGAAACACAACAAAUUGGGAAAAUUUAUCAAGGAACAUCUCACAAGAGGAACCAUUCACCAAUCCACCUCACAAAACGCAGCUCCUUUCUUCUUUAUAGAAAAGAAAGAUGGAAAAUUGUGGCCAGUACAGGACUACCGCUAUCUAAACUCGCGAACCAUCCUAAAUGUUUGCCUCUUUCCACUAAUC